GAGGUAGGGGCCUGCCCACCCAGCUCCAAGGCUGAGAGGUGAGGCUAAUGUUUAAAAUGCAAAAAUAAACCACCGUUGUCACAUUUCCAUAAAGGAACAGAAUGGAAGGAAAACCAAGCAGAUAUGAAAUCCACACACCAGUACCAGACAAGAAAAAGAAGAAGUAUUCUGUAUAUAAGAAAAAAAAACAGAAAUGGGCUCAGGAAAGUUUCAGAGACUCCUCUGUGGCAAGUGACCAGCCUCAGGUGAAUAAGAAGAGGAGGAGGAAAGACGUCCAGCAGCUCAUGUCUCCUUUAGAAAAAUCAGAAUUGUGCGACAAGACUGAAAAGACCACUUCUACACACAAAAAGAAGAAAAAGAGGCAAAAUGUUGUUUGGGAAGUUGAAGAAACCGGCGUCGUGCGAGUCCUUGUGGAUAAAAAAAACAUUGAGAACAUGCCAAAGGAUUUUAGAAAGGAUGUGGAUAUGGUUUAUGUUGCUAUGAGUGAGGAACAAAAAUCAGCAAAAGCAGACAAAACAGGCAAACUGAAUACAGUUGCUAAGAUGGAUAAAAAUGCAUCAAAACAAUUUUGUAAAAAAGCUAAGAAGAAAAAGAGUAAGACUCCAGAGGGGAAGGUUGCAUUCUGGGACAUCACACAGGAAAGCCAGAAGGCAAGCAUCGCCCCACCCGAGUCAGAAUCACACACACAGCAGUCCUUGCCUUCUGUGCAUCUCCAAGGCAAAAACAUAGAUCUCCCAGUGUCUGCUAAGAAAAUCAAGCCCAAGAAAAAAAAGAAAAAAUUGUCUGGUAACCAGGAAUUGGGGGCCAUGGCCAUACCUGAGAGUCUUCAUGGCGCCCCCCCUGAAGGAGCCCAGGUGGUUAGCCAGGGGACUGGGGAAGGAGAUGAUGUGUUUAAAAGGGCUAAGGGAUUCCACAGCAUGAAAAAAAAGCCCAAGAAAAGGGCACAGCUGCCUACUGAAAGCACCCCAGAGGCUGGUGAUGAGGUCUCUUUGCUUAGUACAAACACGAGGAACAUACCCUCUGACUCUCCAGAAGGUGAGGGGGUAUUGACAGAAGAAAAUGUGAAUCCCAGGGCACAGAAGAAGACCCAGGCCUCCCGGGCCAGUUCAGGAGAGGAGCAGGUGGAAGAGGUGCAGAGAUUAGAGCCAGCCAGUGAAGAAGAAAGCAACUUGGAACCGUCUGGGGAUUUGGCAACAAGACGCUCAGCUGACGAUUUUGAGGACUGGGAUGUGGACUUGGACUCUGCUGUGAGACAGCUCCAAGAGUUCAUUCCUGACAUCAGUGGAAGGGCAGCCACCACAAUUAAGCGGAUGUACCGGGAUGACCUGGGGCGGUUUCGAGAGUUUAAAGCCCAAGGUGUUGCGAUUAGAUUUGGCAAGUUUUCUGCUAGGGAAAACAAGCAGAUAGAGAAAAAUGUACAAGACUUCCUAGCACUGACAGGAAUUGAGAGUGCAGACAAGCUGCUGCACACAGACAGAUAUCCAGAGGAAAAGUCUACAAUCACCAACUUGAAAAGAAAGCAUGCGUUCAGAGUGCACAUUGGGAAGGACAUUGCCCGGCCUUGGAAACUCGUGUACUAUCGAGCAAAGAAGAUAUUCGAUGUCAAUAAUUACAAAGGCAGGUACAGCAAAGUAGAGACAGACAAGUUGAAGGCAUACCAAUCCAUGCAUGGGAACAACUGGAAGAAGAUUGGCGCGAUGGUGGCCCGCAGCAGCCUCUCGGUGGCCCUGAAGUUCUCCCAGUUGGGCAGUCAAAUAAAUCAUGGUGCCUGGAGUAAGACAGAAACCCAGAGAUUAAUCAAGGCAGUUGAAGAUGUGAUUUUGAAGAAAAUGUCUGUCCAGGAAUUAAUGGAUUUGGAUUCUAGACUUCAAAAAAAUCCUGAAAGUCGCCUAUCAAUUGUCCGGGAGAAACUCUACAGGGGCAUAUCAUGGAUAGAAGUGGAGGCGAGAGUAGAAACCAGGAACUGGAUGCAGUGCAAAAGUAAGUGGAUGGAAAUUUUGACCAAAAGGAUGACUAAUGGCAGGCUCCCAUACCAUGGAGUCAGUGCUCUGCAGGCCAAAAUCAACCUCAUUGAAAGGUUGUAUGCCCUGAAUGUGGAAGAUGCUAAUGAGAUAGAUUGGGAAGUUGUUGCUGGUGCCAUCGGCGAUGUGCCUCCGUUUUAUGUCCAAACUAAAUUUUAUAAGCUGAAAGCUGCCUAUGUUCCCUUUUGGCAGAAAAAGACUUUUCCAGAGAUCAUCGACUACCUUUAUGAGACCUGUCUACCUUUGCUUAAAGAACAGCUAGAAAAGAAGAUGGAGAAAGAAGGCACCCAAAUUCCAACUCCCUCAACACCCAAGCAAGAUUUCCUAUUUAAAGAUAUCUUUUACUGUGAGGAUGAUAGUGAGGGAGAAGGCAUGGAGAAGCACAGUUAACCAGAGACACUCGGAUGUGCAUCUUCAGGAUGGCAAGUUCGAGGACCAGGAUCUGCUCUCCCCUCCCUCACUACCUGUUGGGCUGUCCCUGCCGGUGUGCAUUUCAUCAUCCUGAGCAGGGCAUUGCAGCCUCAGAUCUGUCCGCAAGCCCCUGAACGCAUCAAUGUCAGUUACAUAAAUUGUUUACUCAUUGCCAGUUAGGGUGGCUCAUGCAUGUGCUCACAGCCACUCAGAAGAUACAGGUAGGAGGAUUAUGAUUCAAUUCCAGUCCAGGCAAAUACUGUGAGGCCCUACCUGGAAAAAUAAUUAGAGCAAAAACCAUUUUUAAAGAGCUUGGGAUGGGGCUGGGGAUAUGGCCUAGUGGCAAGA